AUGGAUAGCCCUAACCCAUUCUUGGAUGACUUUGACGAUGACUUCAGCGGAGCUGCUGAAAGUGGUGACUAUGGUGCGGCCUAUCAGCGUCCAAACUCACCACCGCCAGUGCUCCCUGCGGAUGCUAGCAAUGCCAAGACGAAUUCGAAGGUUUCAGGACGAUACGCUGCUCUUUACCAAGUAGAUGCAAAUGUGUUAAAAUCGAGACUGAAAAGUGCAUUAACGCUUCAAAAACUCCAAUCAAACGGGUCUGAUUUCGAGCCCGAUUUGUACGCUCCCGUAUGGAUUACCAUGACGGCAGCAGCAGCGCAUUUUUACGCUCAUAGCCUCUACGACUUGAUUGUAAGCCUAAUUCAGGGCCAGAUUAGCUCUUCUACGUCCAGUGGUCGACUAAUAACCCCAUACAUGAUAUUUGCAUUCUCAUAUACCGCGUUCAGUUCUGCGCUGGUUCACAUUUUGGCCAGGUUUGUUCUCAAGAUAAAAAGUGAAUUUGGGUUGAUAGAAAUGGUGAGUUUAUACGGCUACUCGAUGACGAUCUGGGUUCCACUUGCGGCGGUGAAUUUGGUUUUGAUGCCUUUGGGAUUUCUGCUCCCACAUUUGUUCAGCGUUUUGGUUUACUGGGCACGUAUUCUGGUUGGUGUGGCACACACAGCGAUUUUCUUCUACCAACAGUUCAAAACAGAGGAGGAAGGGUCCGACCGGCAAAAACUGUACAUCACCACUUUGACGGUGAGCGCGUUAUGCGGGGCUCUUCUGCAAUUGACGUCAAGUUCUUUGAAAUAG